AUGGUCUACACAAUAGUCGUGCACAUCCGCGCCAAGCCCGGCGCAGACAACAUCGCCAAGGUGCACGCCAAGCUCAACGAGGCCUCUGCCAUCUACUCCAAGGAUCGAGAGACCAUAUCUUGGUUCGUCAUGCAAUCGAUCCACGAUCCGCAAGAAUUCACCGUCGUGGAGCGCUUCGAAAACGAGGGGAGCCAGAAGUACCACCUGGAGAACCCGUACUGGAAGACCUUCGACCCGUUCGUGGUGCCUCUACUAGAGAAGCCUAUGGACUUGCGGCGGUACGAGGAGUUGGUUCCUAAGGCCGGCGAGGAGGCUUUGCUGAAAUAG